AUGGACUCACAGUGGGCUUCAUUUACCGAAAGUCCGCCCUCUGCCCGCCACACGCGUUACGCUCCUCACAAUCUCUCUUCGCCGCAACAUCCGCAAAGAGAUCCGACCGCGCCUGCGACAACAAGAAGAGACUCUUACAUCAAGACCGAGCCCUACGCCAAACAAGACCCUUACCAGACGCCCUCGAUCUCGUCGCGGGCUGCUUCCAUGGCCAUAACAUCGCCGCCGGGCCAACCGACGCGGAGCCAGAGUUACCACACGGGCGACGGCGACGGUGACGUACCCAUGGAGGACGCGGACCCAUACAAGCCAAAGUACGCCACGGUUCGAACCGGCCAGCCCAACCGCAGCUCCACACAAUUCCUUCAAAACGAAGAGGCUUCAGCAGCCGCGCGACGCUACUCGCCCAUGAACAUGUCUCCCUCGUCGCCUUACGGCCCAAGCUCCCAGCAACAGAGCUCGAGUGGGUACAGCAACUUCUCUCCGCAGACGCAAUCCAGUCGUCAGUCUCCGACGCGCUCAAACCCAUACAUGUCGCCUCCUUACUACUCUCCGCCUUCCUCUCGCGCGCACCCGCCUCAACUGCCACCGAUCCAGUCGAACUUGAACUCCGACCACUUCUAUCCGCAAUCUGCCACCGCGCAACUCAACGCUGUAUACGGGCGCGAGGCUAGAUCGCCGCGCAACCCCGCGUCGCAAACCCCUAUGUCGCCGCAAGCUUCUCGUGGCCAGGUACCGACUUUCACCAAGUGUUUGAAUACCGGAGACUUGCAUCCACGCAUCAACGAGCAACCGCCGUUCAGAAGGGCAAACCCCGAGGGAGGCUUCAUAAGCCCUCUGCAAGCAUUGACCUCGCAUCUGCCCGCGACAUACCGGAUAUGCAACCCGGCUUUCAAGUACGAGUCCUCGAGGAACCCCCGCAGAGUACUCACGAAGCCGAGCAAAGGCGUCAAGAACGAUGGCUAUGACAAUGAAGACAGCGAUUACAUUCUUUACGUCAACGACAUUUUGGGUUCUGAGGAGUCGGGUCACAAGAACCGUUACCUCAUUUUGGAUGUUCUCGGUCAGGGUACAUUUGGUCAGGUCGUGAAAUGCCAAAACCUCCGAACUCAGGAAGUCGUUGCGGUCAAGGUUGUCAAGAAUCGGACAGCCUAUUUCAACCAGAGUAUGAUGGAGGUUUCGGUCCUCGAUUUGUUGAACAAACAAAUGGACAAGAACGACGAUCAUCACCUGUUGCGGCUCAAGGAUACUUUUAUCCACCGACAGCAUCUUUGCCUUGUCUUCGAACUGCUCAGCGUCAAUUUGUAUGAGCUGAUCAAACAGAACCAGUUCCGUGGCUUGAGCACAACCUUGGUCCGUGUGUUUGCACAGCAAUUGCUUAAUGGUUUAGCUCUGCUCGGAAAAGCAAAGUUGAUUCAUUGCGAUCUGAAGCCUGAGAAUAUCCUACUCAAAAAUCUGGAGAGUCCGAUCAUCAAGAUCAUCGACUUCGGUUCCGCCUGCGAUGAACGACAGACGGUUUACACGUACAUCCAGUCUAGAUUCUAUCGCUCACCUGAAGUCCUUCUCGGACUGCCGUACUCUGCUGCCAUCGAUAUGUGGUCAUUGGGCUGCAUCGUUGUCGAACUUUUCCUCGGGCUGCCGUUGUUCCCGGGGUCAUCUGAGUACAACCAGGUCUCACGGAUAACCGAGAUGCUUGGUCUUCCUCCAACAUGGAUGCUGGAAAUGGGAAAGCAAUCCGGUGAAUUCUUCGAGAAAGCGCACGACGAGUUCGGUCGCCGGUCGUACCGCUUGAAGAGUAUGGAGCAAUACUCGCGUGAGCAUGGCUCAAAGGAGCAGCCAAGCAAGAAGUACUUCUCUGCCACGACACUCCCAGAGAUCAUCAAGAAUUACCCCAUGCCGAGAAAGAAUAUGAAACCAGCGGAGAUUGAGCGAGAAAUGGCCAAUCGCACUGCUUUCAUCGAUUUCGCACAGGGAUUGUUGAACCUGAACCCUCUCGAGCGAUGGACGCCCAACCAAGCCAAGAUGCACCCGUUCAUCACCCAAGCCAAGUUCACUGGUCCGUUUGUACCUCCUAUGAUGAUGAGGUCCGGUACCAGCAGGUCGCCAGCUCCAGGUGUCCAAGAGCAGCAAAAGGCUGAGGCUCUGAGCAAGCAGCGUGCAGCACAGGCAGCUGCACAGCAACAGGCCCAGAGCGCGGCCUAUGCAAACAUGCAGAUGAACUCGCCGUAUGCGCAGACGCCGCACGCCCAGAACCCGGCCGUAUACAACAAUGUGUACAGUCCCAGCCACCAGGUUGCUCCACCACCAUAUCCGGCACAGGCUGCUGCUGCCUACGGUCAACAGAUGGGUCUUGUCCAACAGCAGCAACAACAGCAACAGGCCCCUCGCUACCAGCCACAACAAAACCUAUACGCUCAGGCCACGACGAGAGCCGGUAGACAGAGGGCAUCGACGAUUGACCAACAGCAAAAUGGCAUCCCGCCGGCCUUGCAGCGUGUCAUGAGCCACCUCGACCCGAAUGCGCCGGUCAGGCUCCAACCUAGCCCCGCCUACUACCCACCUCCGCCUGAAGGAGCUCCGGAUGCAAACAAUGGUCGCAGGCGCGACAGCCGAACGACUACUGCUGGUCGCCGCAACCGUGAUUUCAUUCGCACCCUGGAGGACCGCACCCUUGAGGAAGGUUUCAUGAGUAACCCAACCCACUGGCAAUGA